AUGGAUCGUGGAGUGUCGAUUACGGAGCAAAGAUUGGCGGAGAAACUGACCAUCUUGAAUGAGAGAGGGCUUGGAAUGCUCACGAGAAUUUACAACAUCAAAAAAGUAAGGAAGCUACUGAUUUUGUAGUGGAAAACGCGGCCUUAUUCUUAACUUAGUCUUAGAUGCUUAAAUGAACAGUCAUUUUCUGUGCUCAGCUGUUCUGAAAACCUACAGUAUCGCUUGUGCACGGCUCUGCUGUGAGGAGUGGCGAAUAAUGUAGGUCUCUGGAAAUUAUCGUCCCAUCUGAAAUAUCGAAACAAAUUUGAUCAGCUUUUACUCUGAGCUGGCGAAUAAAGUAAAGAUUGAUGCUAGUCUUAUAUGAGAACAGUUACAGAACCAGGGGUGCUUUGGAUGAUGUUGCACAUGGUAAGACGUAUUGUCAUUCCAUAGCUUUGCCCUUGGCAAAGUUGUGUUGUUGUUUUUUUUACAGAGAUUUUGCUCUCUGUCACAGCCAUUAAUCCACCAAUUGUAGAGUUGUAUUGACAGCUAUAAUUUUCUAAUGGUUAAGAGAUCUUGUAAUUUGUGAGUAUAGAUGGAGCAUGAUCGUCCAGAUAAGUGUAGGCCUGAAUAGGACAGGGGCACCCAAUAAUGGUUUCCUCCUAAAUGCUUCGAAAACGCUUUUUAGACUAUCCAGGGUAUUUUUAGAUCUCUAGAAAUGAAUUCUAAGUGGUGCUAUAAAAUCUGUAUCUGUUCGGUCAUCCUAGGGGAACUUGAGUCUUUUCGAAAUUACCAUGGCCUCAGUAUUGUUUUCUUGAGAAUUUGAGAUGCAGUUUUAAGUUUUACGCAUUUUUGAAUCCGAAAAUUUUAGGUUUCCUUUUUUCUAAAAAAAUAUCCUAACCUGGGGACUGAAAUGUGAAGAUUUGAAGUUUAGAAAAUUGAAGGAAAUUUAUUAGAUGUGGUUCGAAAAUUGAACAUGAAAUUUCAAAAAGAAGAGACUUAAUUCUGUGUGAAUAGCAAAUACAAGUUGGUGUAUGGGUCCGUACUAAUAGCGACUGGCAAUAGUUUAUUGUUCAUAAUAAUUAUGACCAAUAAACUAUUAUUGAAAGAAUAAGGGAGAGAUUUGUUGAAGAGCUUAGAGGGGUCUGUAACUUAUCCAACUAGUGCGUUUGCAUGGUGCUCUACACAGUUUCAUUGUAAGAUGUCAUGUGACCUCAAUGAAACAUGAGAUGUCGUGUGACCUCAAUGAAGUUUUUCUAUUUAAUGACAGUUUUUCACUGUUGCAGAAGAAAUUCUCGUGAUAUAACAACUUUUUUAAGUGAUAUUUCUAUCUUCCUAGGCAUGUUCAGAUUCCAAGUCAAGACCAGGAUUUCUAACUGACAAAGCGUUGGAUCCUGCCAUCAAAGCUAUCGUGAAGAAAUUCCCUGUGACAGAUACUAAAGUAUGUUGUAGAAUUGCAUGCAUUUUAGUCACUCUGUUAACAAAACAAUAAUUAUUGUUUUUAUUAUACUUUAUUUAUGGGAUAUUCAAAGGAAUAAAAUAAGUACUAAAAAUAACCAAAGGUAAGGGGUUGCCGGAAAGAUCAGUCGCGGGAAAACAAUAUGUGACUAAGUAUAGCAAGCAAGAUCGAUUGAGUGUCAAGACUCUCACAAAACAUUUUUUCUCUAAUGCUGUGCGUUGCAUUAAUGUAAGUUUCAUGUGAUGGAAGGUCAAAACACGUGUGAUCAGAUUAUAAUUGAUAGAAGGUCCAAAUGGGUAUGAUCAGAUUGUGUCGUCUUUAUUUCAUUCAUUCUCAGUGGAAGUCCAAAUAAAUGCUGGCUACAUAAUGUGCUGUGCAUACUUAAUAGCAACUUGGAGAUAAGACGUACUGCAGUCUCCUCUAUUUGCCCACAAGUACUACAUAAUUUUAUUUUCAGUGCUUUGAACCCUUUGCUCUUUUGAUUUUCAGAGCGUUCAGCUUCAGCCAGUUCAUAGCAUCCAAAANCAAUGAAACAUGAGAUGUCGUGUGACCUCAAUGAAGUUUUUCUAUUUAAUGACAGUUUUUCACUGUUGCAGAAGAAAUUCUCGUGAUAUAACAACUUUUUUAAGUGAUAUUUCUAUCUUCCUAGGCAUGUUCAGAUUCCAAGUCAAGACCAGGAUUUCUAACUGACAAAGCGUUGGAUCCUGCCAUCAAAGCUAUCGUGAAGAAAUUCCCUGUGACAGAUACUAAAGUAUGUUGUAGAAUUGCAUGCAUUUUAGUCACUCUGUUAACAAAACAAUAAUUAUUGUUUUUAUUAUACUUUAUUUAUGGGAUAUUCAAAGGAAUAAAAUAAGUACUAAAAAUAACCAAAGGUAAGGGGUUGCCGGAAAGAUCAGUCGCGGGAAAACAAUAUGUGACUAAGUAUAGCAAGCAAGAUCGAUUGAGUGUCAAGACUCUCACAAAACAUUUUUUCUCUAAUGCUGUGCGUUGCAUUAAUGUAAGUUUCAUGUGAUGGAAGGUCAAAACACGUGUGAUCAGAUUAUAAUUGAUAGAAGGUCCAAAUGGGUAUGAUCAGAUUGUGUCGUCUUUAUUUCAUUCAUUCUCAGUGGAAGUCCAAAUAAAUGCUGGCUACAUAAUGUGCUGUGCAUACUUAAUAGCAACUUGGAGAUAAGACGUACUGCAGUCUCCUCUAUUUGCCCACAAGUACUACAUAAUUUUAUUUUCAGUGCUUUGAACCCUUUGCUCUUUUGAUUUUCAGAGCGUUCAGCUUCAGCCAGUUCAUAGCAUCCAAAAUGAAGUUAUCAAAGGACUAUCUAACUAUUACUACACAUUUGUGGAUGUCAUGGAAUUCAGGGUAAGCAGUAAGCAAUAAAUAAUCAUAUUUUUAGCAAAUGAAUUUGUUUUCUCUGUCCAUAUUUGUCAAUAAUCACUUGUUCUUUUCUUGUAAACUGUCUUAUCACAGGAUAAUACAAGUGAGCUUCUGACCUUAAUCGAUGCCAGUUUUGUUCAUUUUGACAUUGUGAGUAGAUGAAAACAGUUUAAGAAAUAAAUUUGACUGUGUGUUCAGGGUUGGUUUGACAAAGUUGUGUUAACUAAAAAGGUUCUUGCAAGCUUUCUUUCUUGAAGAAAAUGACCACAACCAUUGCAUCUUAUUAAUGUACCAUGUGUUAAAGUGUUUAAACUUUUAUUGCAUAGUCACUAAAUUGAAGCAUUCACUAAAGGUUUUCAGAGUUGAGCCUUCCUAUGGGUACCCUCACACAAAUUUUUCAUUGCGCCUUCUUCAUCAAAUUAUUUGUUUUUUGUCGAAACUGUUGCAUAUCAAGAAUUUUUGUGUGUGAUAACACCACUAGUAAGCUUGAGCAACCUUAAUGAUGACGAAGAAAUGAGAAAUGAAAAAAAACAACAGGCUUAACAAGCGAAAAAAAAAAUGUGAAUGUGAAGAAGUCUUUGUGACAGACUCUUUUACCAUCAUUCAUGCCUACCAGUAGCAUUGUUGAGCUUUGAUCAAUUAUGGCAAUAUGUUGUUUCAUUGUGAUUGUUUGAAAUACCCAUAGAGAGGCUCAGAAUUUAGUAUGCAGGGACCAAUUAAAUAAAUCCUGGUGUUACUCAAUUUAAUUGCUUAAAUGGCUGGUUUUGAACUUAGGACCGUUUGACUGUGAGGAGUAUUAGAGCUGCCUGUUAGCUAAAUCCCGGCCUCCAAAUGUUUAAAAUUGUUUUUGGGUUAGCUUUAUAAUCGUUGUUCAAAGAAGUACAUUUUACAAGUUAGUUGUAAAUCUUUUUACUUCAGACGCUAAACUAUGACUUGACCAAGGCCUAUUUAGAUCUCAUUGUGACCUAUGCCUCUCUCAUGAUGCUUGUAUCACGAGUGGAUGAUCGAAAAGCUGUACUGGGCCUGUAUAAUCAUGCAUUUGAGAUGAAGAAUGGAAGAGGGUAAGUCCGGCACGGCAUGGAGAUCAUUUCAAUGUUUCUUAAUAAUAAAUUUUUAUUAGGUACAGUUCAGAUGCCGAACUUUUCAUGAGCUGAACCUAAUAAAUUAUGUUGAGUUAACUACAUGAAAAGUUUGGCGUCUGCAUCAAUUAGGAACACCUAUUUCAAUUUGGAACGGCUCAACCAUUUUUCCUGCCUAACCUGGGUGGGAAUUUCGACUUUGGAGUGACUUUGAAAUAAAAUUGAUUCAGAUGCCAAAUUUUUCAUGUGCUGAACCUAAUGCGUAAAAUAAUACUAGAAAAGUUAUUAACUGAAGCCGAUAAGGCUCCAUAUUAAUUAAGAAAUCACUGACACUUGCACGUCCAAAGUGGAAGACGGACUGUUUUAAGAACACUUUUAUUUUGUCAUCAUGCGUAAAGUACAAUUAAAUGAUUCUGUUUUAAUGCUUUUAUAUAUUAUAUGCAUGAAUUUUUAAUAUUUUGAAUGUUGAUGUAUUGUAAAUUAUUCUAUUUUUAGCUUAGUUUUAUUUGUAAAUGUGCAAUUCAGCCUCUGGCUGCCCAUGUAUGUAUUUUAAUAAACUAUCUAUUUAUCUAUCUAUCUAUCUAUCUAUCUAUCUAUCUAUCUAUCUAUCUAUCUAUCUAUCUAUCUAUCUAUCUAUCUAUCUAUCUAUCUAUCUGUCUAUCUGUCUGUCUGUCUGUCUGUCUGUCUGUCUGUCUGUCUGUCUGUCUGUCUGUCUGUCUGUCUGUCUGUCUGUCUGUUUGUCUGUCUGUCUUUCUUUUUUAAGCAGUUUGACUGAAAUGAGUGUUUUUCUCCUUUUGAACUAAUCUGAUCAUAAAUGUUAUCUGUAUGUCUUAAUCUGUAUUUUUUAGUGAAGACUCUUUUCCAAGGCUUGGAUCUAUGAUUGUUGAGUAUGAAACUCCUCUAAAGAAAGUAGCUGAACAAUUUGUGCCACACCAACAGGUAAACCUUUUUUUGUUACGAUUAGAUCAAAAUGCUUGUAGUCUUUAGUGCAUGCCUGAGUUAUAAAAAUUGUCUACAGUUAAAUGUAUACUGUACAGUGUACUUACAUGUACAUGCAAUGUACUGCACAUGCUCUCUCAGUACACUAAUGAUACGUUUUUUAUAACGGUAACUGAUUUUGUUACUUUGAGAGUGGUUAUGAAAGCAAUAAAUCAUAACUCAAUAGUUCAUAUUAUUUAUGUUAAAGGUCAAAAUUAAAUUCAGGUAAAAAUAUUUUUAACCUAGUAGGUUGAUUCUCAAUUUUCAUGUCUCCUAGCCCUAAAAUUUUACAUUUAUUCAUGAAUAAGGGUUAGCAGACAAAGGAAAGGUUGAGAACUUUCAAUACAUGUAGUUUUUGUAAACUCAAAGUUUUUUUACCUUAUUAAACCAUUCUUAUUAUUUGUGAAUUCAGAGAGUCUCAACUGCACUGCACUCAGUUCAUGAAGUUUACAUCAGAAGAAAUUCAACAGGGGAGCAGGUAAUAAGCUUAUUACAUGCUUGUUUAUAAGCAAUAAAAUGUCUGCCAGGCAUUAUCUAUACCGGCAGUUUUAAACAAUUAACUACAGAAGGAGCAGGGAUUUCUUAUUAGUGAGAUCACUUUGCUCUAGAUUCUCUGGUUUCCCCUCUUAACAAAAUCCAACAUUUCCAAAUUCCACUCCGUCUAGAAAGCGUCUUAAAUCAGUCAGGGACACUUAAGAGGGACACAGGUGCAGUCAUGUCACCACUUACACAAGACUCUUUUUUUGUCAGGGGUUGGGGCUUGAUAUUUAAUUGUUAGUUCGUCAGACUUGGAGCUAUAUAUUAGACAGUGGAGGCCAAGUUAAAGAAAUGGAUAUUUUCCCUGUUGGAAUGGCGGGGGCAGUAUUUUACAGUAUAUCUACCAUUUUCCCUUCUCAGUGGCGUCAGUCUCAGAUUGUCAGCAUAAUCAGUGCACCAUUGCAAAUGCUGAACCCAGCUACCAGUGAUGUGGUAAGGGAAUUGUUUGAUUAUUAUUUUUGUUAAGUUCUGGACAAUGAUCCCAUGAGUGAGUGAGUGAUCCAGUAAUGUCUAGCCUGCAAGCAAGCUAUGCAUUUGGGAUGUAGCAAGAAGUCAUGUCAGAGCAGCAUGUGAAAGGAGAUGCGGGUUUGAGGGGCAAGGAAGGAAAGGGAGAUUUUUCAGCCAAUGGUACAUCUGUAUUUCGCUUCAUCUGGGCGAAGUAGAAAUGAAAAUUAUGACAGAUCGUUGCAAGCUCUCCUUUCCUCUGCCCCUGUCACUCGUGCAUUCUCUGGUGACUUGCUUCACUCACCAUGAAUGGAGAGGUUGCUAGUGGGCUAAGUAAUGUCUGACUGCCCAAAACUGAAAGAAAGCUUGUUUUGUGAAACAGGUCAAUGAGUCAUGAAUCAAGUUUUUAGUCAGGUCACCAUUGAACACUGAAAAAAAUAAUGAUCAAGGCUAAGCCUGACUAUAGUUAGUACUGGUAAAGUCUGAUUUGAAAUGUUUAGCAUUUAUUCACUUUAAUUAUACUUGACUUUAUGACUCAUUGACUCAUGACUCGAGAAUUGACUUGUUGACUCAUUGACUCAUUUACACAUAAUUCUCCCCAAAACUGCAACCUACAAGUAACAAUACAGUUAUACAGAUCAUUUUUACUGUAUACAAGCCAGUGACACAUUUCUUUCAUCUGUAUGUUUUACCCUAUCACAGCUUGUUUUGUUGAACAACGUGUUUAAGAAAACAACUCUUUAGAGAGCUGGCCCCGGUUGUUCAAACGUUGGAUAGCGCUAUCCACCUUUCGAACAACUGGGGCCAGGUGUUUACAAUUUUUGUUAUGUCUAUUGUGCACUUGUGAUUUUAUUGCUUACUAUGUCAUAUAAGCAUGAAACGUAGCCUGUUUUUGUUUUAAGAAAAUAAGCAUAAAUUGUGGCACGGAAGAAAAAAUUGUGACUCACAAGGUGACGCUUAUUAAUCUGACACAUUAAGUUACACUUCAACUUUACGUCAUAUAGCAUGCCAAUGACAAGCGUCGAAGAGAAAAUGAAGCAUGACUUCUUACAUCAAGAAAAAUAAUUUUUUUCGGCGCAACAAGUCUCACUUAUUUUUUUUGACACAACAGGUCACAUUAUUUCACCUUCAUGUUAUGUAGCAUGCUAAUUACCACUAUUAUUAUACAUUGUAGUCACCAUCUGUCUUCUCAUUGGCUAAAAGCCUACGGUUAAUUCUGGGAAACAGCGCAACCUACAGAUUAUUCACUAAUCUGUACCUACAGAUUAGUGAAUAAUCUGUAGGUUGCGCGCGCAAUGCAUGAUUUCCAAGAGCAAUGUCAAGUGCACGGACAGCAAUANAGAAUAUAACAAUGAUAAAAGAAGACAAAGGUCAAUAAAAUUAAUUAAAUUAAUUAAAUAAAGCAGUCAUUAAGAAGCUUUUGCCUGAGUAAACACUUGAAUUCCGUCACGGAUGGGCUAAGUUUGAGCGCAGGCUGCAACUCAUUCCAGAGAGAGGUUGCUCUAUAUUGAAAGGUCCUUUGGCCGCUGGCAGUGCGGAAGAGUGGUAUGUUCAAAAGUUGAGAAUUUCUCGUAUUCCUUGUCGAGACGGCGGAUCUUCCAACGAGCUUUGAUGUCAAAUACUAUUGUGCACUUGUGAUUUUAUUGCUUACUAUGUCAUAUGAGCAUGAAACGUAGCCUGUUUUUGUUUUAAGAAAAUAAGCAUAAAUUCUGGCAUGGAAGAAAAAAUUUUGACUCACAAGGUGACGUUUAUUUAUCUGACACAUUAAGUUAUACUUCACCUUUAUGUCAUAUAGCAUGCCAAUGACAAGCGUCGAAGAGAAAAUGAAGCAUGACUUCUUACAUCAACAAAAACAAUUUUUUUUGACGCAACAAGUCACAUUAUUUCACCUUCAUGUUAUUUAGCAUGCUAAUUACCACUAUUACCAUUACCAUUACUAUUAACAUUUUUUGCAAAAAUUUCUUUUUGACUAGAAAAAAGUUAAAUUGGUAAAAUGACAAGCAAUGACUAGAGCGUAAUAGACUCUCCCUGUUUGCAAACUGAAUCAUACAGUAUUUUGUAUCUGGCCUGUAGAAUAUUAUUGCUUUUCUUACAAACCAAUAUUACGGACAUUACAGACAUGACAUGGCCACAUAGUGUAACAGUUUGUUUGGAAACUGUAAGCACAAAAAGCAGCCUUCUGUACUUUUUAACCUCUUAUAGAUGAAUUAAGCCAUUAGACAACUUGCUAGUGCUGUGCUUUUCUCUUUUCAGCCCCCAGUGGAAUAUUUAUCAAUGGAAACUAUGCAGAAAUGGAUAUUGUGUAAGUUUUCAAAAUGCUGCUCAUAAAAUACACUGUAGUUAAUAAAAUAUUAAUUUUAUUGUAGGUAAGGUAUGAUAUUAUCUAUUGAAAAUAACUUGUUGCUUAUUAAUAAUAUUGUUUGUUAUAAAUAAUAAAAAAGUCUUUAUGCAAUACUAAUAAAAAAGACCUGUGUACAGUGCUUCACUUAAAAAAAAAUUAAAACGAAAUUUGUACCUUAGUUAACAUCUUUUAGAAAGAAAAGAAAAGAUCAUAAUGUCUCAAUAUCUCUUGAAAUAUAAUCCACGACGAUGUUUCUCUACUAAAUAUUAUUACUAUGACUAUUAGCAAUCACUUCCAAUAUUUAACAUCUUUUCACUAAUUCCUUUUUAAAAUCUGGCACGAUUUCAAGAUGAACCAACAACGAUAAGAAUAUUAAAUAGUAGUAAUAAUUGAAUAUGCGAUAUUCAAUAUUAUUGUUUAUUAUACGUAUCAAUAUUAUUGUGUAUCAAUAUUAUUGCUUUUUAUACAUGUUUGAGUUGUUUUAGUUUGAAUUUAUCCCUUUCCUUUACCUUAAAAUGUAUAUUACCUGUAUGUAGAUUGAAUACUCCUUAAUAUAAAAUUCCCUACUGGAAAGUGCUAUUUUUAUCUGUAAUAAAUCUAAGAAGAAAUGUUUGAUGUUUUGAACAUCAUGAUCAAGAAUAAAAAACAUCAAGUGUCGAAGUGGUUAAGAGAGUUCUCAAUUUGAAUACCGUAAAAUUCCGAAAAUAAGCCCCGGGGCUUAGUCUGAUUACACAUUUAGCGAUUGUUUUAAAAUAUACAGCAUUUCAUUAACAAAGCACUCAAGUUUAUUAUGGCACUUUUUGAGGAUCAAAAAGGUAUGCCAUAAGAGUGAUCAGCCUCGUGUUGUUUUAUUUCAUGUGAUUUGAAAUAAUAAAAAGAAAACCUGUAAAUUGCCUUUUGCCAAUUUUUUCACCCCAUUUGGCAUUAAAUGGCCAGAUUAUAAUAAUUAUUUAUAGCACUAAUAUUAGUGGGGCCGAGCAAGUACCUGAAACAAAUAAUUCAAAAUAUUGAACCUAACAGGGUUAAGAAUCCCAACAGUGAAACCUGGUACUUUGCUUAAUCAAAAUCCUCCAAAAUCGCCUUUUGCCAAUUUUUUCACCCGAUAUGGUAUUAAAUGGCCAGAUUUGGUUCUUUUAUACUGAAAAGUGGAUUUUCUUAAAAAGAUGUGGUUGUUUUAUGGUGAACUCUGGGUGAAAAGUGGACUUCUCAAAAACCUGGUACUUUGCUUAAUCAAAUUCUCUCUAUUAAGUUAGCAUGUUGGGGCAGAUGGUUUGUCUAAUAGUCGUCAUAAGUCAACGUUAUUGACCAAAGUUUAUUGUUUUUUCUCCUUAGUUGGAUAUACACUUUGUCAUCAGCAGCUUGCCAUGCCUGGCGUGACAGAUAUAUGGAAGGUUGCGUUACAGGAUGGCUAUUGUGUUCAGUUAUUCCGAGAUGAAGUCAUUAUGUUUCAUAAAGAAUUCCAAAACUUACUUGAUGGAAUGAAAGGGUGNGCAGCUUGCCAUGCCUGGCGUGACAGAUAUAUGGAAGGUUGCGUUACAGGAUGGCUAUUGUGUUCAGUUAUUCCGAGAUGAAGUCAUUAUGUUUCAUAAAGAAUUCCAAAACUUACUUGAUGGAAUGAAAGGGUGAGUCAGUGAAAGGAGAAAAGUGCAUUCAUGGUUCUGCAUUCUCUCAAGAGAGUCCCAAGAGUCAGACCAAAAUCAAUUUUCUCCUAACAUUGUUAUUGUCAAUACUUACUAUCUGGCUGAAUCCGUGAGCAGGCAAAAUGAAGUGAAUCCUGUGUUCUGAUUGGCUAGCUGAGCGUCAAUAUCUUGCCCGCUUUGGAUUUCCCACAUUGGCCCCGCAAAAAAUGUUAUCUUUUUGUCCAUUUAAUAAAUCCUUUAUUGACCUAGCUUGUACGAUCAUGAUGGCUGUAUAUUGGCCUCGUUCUUUUUUGCAUUUUUAUUGACCAAGACGAAAACGCAAAAAAGAACUAGGGCAAUAUCCAGCCAUCUUGACCUCCUGCUGGGUCAAUAACACUUAUAUAAUCCAGAGAAAAGGUUAGGAGAAUUAAUAAAACGAUCAACUCAGGGAAACAGGGAUAUUUUCUGACUACUAGGUUGAUGACAGUCGGCUACUUUUGUAGGAAGUAAAAUUGAGGUAAAACCCAAAAAGCUUCCCACCUGCUAAAUUCCCCACUUACUGUACUAACUGGAUACACGCGGCAACUUGUAUCUUAGUGACAGUCCUGCAAUAGGAAUGUUUAUAGUUUUUUUUGCCACAAAUCACCACAUGAAGCAAAAUAGGUAUGCUGGUGAGCAAACAGUGGUGUAUACAUUUUUUAAUACGUUUUGUUGCGAAAGGCCCAUUAAACAAAGAGCUGCAAAGAUCAUAACCUCGUUUAAACUCUUUAUUGUCGUUAUUGGUUUUAGAUACAAUAAGCGUGUUAAGGACAUUCAAGAUGCUGCUGCACAUGCGCUAGCAACAAGGUAUGCCACUAAGGUCAACUCACUUUUUGCCAAAUCACAAAUUUACACGACUACUGAGAUAGGUAGGAUUCAGCCAUGCAUUACGGAAUAGAAAACAUGACACGUGCUAGACUUGUAGUCUUUUGGACAAGUCAUCUUCUUUACCUUGCAAAACAUAAUUGCUCAAGCUGUGAGAAGUUUUACCACCAAACUAAAGAAGUGAUGAAACUUUACCAUUGAAGUGUAAAGGUAUUUAGCCUGGGGUCAAUUUAAUGAAAGUUUUACUAGUGUACAGUCAUACCCCGCUUUACGGACACCUCAUGAUUACGGACAGUUUGCUUUGUCCCUGGGGAAAGAAAACCCUUACAUUUUCUCGAAAUUCAACCCGUGUAUUAUGUGGAUUUCUUUGGCGUCACUGCACGACUACGACGUGAAAAUACCUAAUUUCACCUUUUGUGGAGGACGUGAAUAAAAUGGAACGACUUUCUUUUUCUUUUCCUAAACUUCGAUACACUCUUUUAGAAUUCAACUCCAGAAAUAAUUGCCAACAUUUGACGAACUGAACGAGAUGGAAUAAGCGCCACUUCACUUUUUAAGUGAUGUUUUCGUAGCUGUCGCCCGUCGUUGUUGCUUGAGCUUCCUAAUGUAGAGAGGACACGUCUGUUGUGGUCCCAUUCACGACAUUUCAUUUCACUCAUUUUUUCAUUCACAGAGGCCCAAUUCAUAGAGAGAGACGUAACUACCUUCGGACAGCGUUAAAGGAAAUGUCUUUGAUUCUUUCAGAUCAACCAGGUCUACUAGGACCGAAGGUAGGUUUGCCUUUACUUAGUAACAAAACUCUAGCCUUCAUUUGACGAGCCAGCAUAUGGUGCGUUCACAGAAACCUGAAGAUAAUUGAUAUAUUUUCUAAAAACAAUUUAUUGCCAUAUAUUAAGUGCGCUGACUUCUCCUCACAAGCGUCUUCCUUUACGUCAGUAUGAAUCGACAGUUGUUUGUUUUUUCUUUGUAAUUUGUCUAAACCCUCCUGUUGUUUUGUAAUGACGGGGUUUUGCACAAGCUAAAAUAAAGAUCUUCUAGUAGUAAUAAUUUUCUUCGCGUAUCACGGCUGUCCACUUCAUUUUGUCAAUAUUGCCAAUUACAUGUCCUUAUUCACUAUGGAACUCAGCUUAAUGCUACAACUGAUCAGUUACAUUAAAGUACUUGAGACUGUGUCGUAUUUUGGCUUAAAUGGCUUUUCCGUGAUCUUGUGCUUGUGAUCCCCCCUCCACCCCUUAUCAAAGUUGCUAGCCAUACAAGACCAUGCUCAAAACUUGGAGGAACAACUUUGAAUGGAGAGGAGGAGGGAGGUCAGUAUUAUAUCUCACAGACCUGUGACUAGCAGCGAUUUGAAGGAAGAAAGGUCGUUGUUUCGUCGGAGUGUCAUCAAUUACAAAAUCUCAGCUUCUUAUCCAACAAAUGUACCUUCUAAACAUUAUGUCAAACCACAGUUAGUAUAAGCAACAAAAAUAAACUUUGGAAAACUGUUAGACAAGUUUUCAAAAUCCACAAUUGCAACCUGUUUUAAUCUCCCUCAAGUUUGUCCAUCCGUGACUUCUUUGUAUUUGCCUUAUUAUUUAUACCUUUUUUAGUGGUCUGAGCGGUUAUUUUUAUGUUUCACUCAAUUUUUUUGGUAUUUCUAACUGUCUGAAUUUGGAUACAUUUCUUGACACUGCUCCUUUGACGAUUUCACCAAGCAAAACACUCAGGGCCGGUUAUUUAAACCAAGUUUAACCACUGUUUAACAAAACCGCGUUAUAAGUCAUUUUCAGUUUGCACAGCGGUUUUAUCUAAACACCAUUGGUGGUGAACAGUUUCAGUAAAGCAUAUGGUGUAGACUAGAAAAGCGUUUAUCUACUUAAAUUGACCCACUGAGGAAGAGAACUAGAGGUUCAAAAAUUUGUUAAACCGCGUUCUAAGUUAGACUUUGUUUAAAUAACCGACCUUUAGGGUCGGGAAAUUAUUGGACCUUCAGAUCUCUCUCUAAGUGGGUAUUUUAAGAAGAUAAAUGUCAUGAAACUGCUCACAAUAAUGGGCCUUUAGAUCAAAGCGUUAAGCAAACUUAAAAUGGCUUAGAGCACAGUUUUGUUAAACACUGCCUAAACUCCGUUUACUGAAAUAACAGGCCCUUAACGUUCAGUAGCUAAACAAGGUUGAUGCAAUUUCUGUAAUCAGAUCCUCGUAGUACUACAAGCGUUAAACAUGGCCCGAGACGAAAUCAUUUGGCUGGUGAGACAUGCUUGCACUCCACCACCCAAGGGGAAAAAACUCAACCAGGAAGAUUUUCUAGACAGGUAAGGAAACUGGGAUUUGGUCUAAUUUUGAUUAAUGUUUACAGCUACAAGUUCAGUCUCUGUAUUGUUUGAGUUCAGAAACAUUCUUUUAACUUGUUUCAAUGUCAAAUAACCUUGAAGGUUUCUUAAAUAACUGAACAAGCCGUGUUCAAGUGUGAAUUUCACCUUGCCAUUCGAACGAAGGUCAUUGGUAUAACUGCACCCAUUUGAGGGUAGGUCUGCACAUAAUCUGGCCAAGCCUGUACACUAAAGAGUAUUAUGACAAUAUUUUACGGAAAGACCUUUAGCUUGUGCGAAGGAUUCCCUUUUGCUUGCGCUUCCUUGUUUCACCUUAUACUUCGUGCACACUGGUUAGUUAUAUUUGAUGUAAUAUAUCAGACAUGAGAUGCAGUGUUUCAUCACCAGAUGAAACACCGAGAAGAGAGUUGAAAAUACGACGCGCAGCGGAGUAUUUUUGACGAACUUCGAGGUGUUUCAUCUGGUGAUGAAACACUGUGUCGAAUGUUUGAUAUUUCUUCUCAAACAAAAUCAUUUUUGAAGGAGAAAUUAAGGAUGCAAAAAUGAGCAGUUUUUCAUCUGAUAUCCAAACACUCAUUAAAUAUUAAUUUCCUUUGAAUUUUCUUUAUGAAUUAUUAAUGAGUUUGAGAAAGCAUGAUCCCAUACAUCUUUUUCAAUAAGUGUAAGAUAAGUUUAAUUCUUCUCUUUUUUCCUUUGUUCUUUUUGUCAGCAAACUGCCUCAAUUACUGUUAUUUGUGGAAGAAAUUCGAGGUAAGUUUCUUUCGUCCAACACUUCGAAAGAUCAGGUUCAGUUUAGUGUUUUUUCUUUACCUUUUUUUUUUCUUUAUCUUGAACUGCCUGACCGCUAAGCUUAUGAACCGCUUGACCGCUAAGCUCGUGGUGGUUAACUUAGUUAAAUUACAUUUAACCAAAUUUAAAGUGCUGCUUUUCUUUUAGAUACCUGUUAAUCUAGUGUAGUGUGACAAGAAUGAAAGGAAAAAAUAAAAACAAACAAACAACAACAACAACAACAAGAAAACCUUGAAAAUAAUCCUGAGGUCAAAAUACCCCAAAGAGAUAAUUACUUCGUAGCGUCUCCGGCGAAUUUGCUCCUCAGAAUCUUUUAUUCUCUCCGGAUCUAGGUAUGAUUCAGAAGUAUAUAUCAGUGUUGCAAAGGUAUUUUGUCCAGUACUUAUGUGGCUUCGACGUCGCUGUUCUGAAGGAAGUUGUCCAGGUUUGUAAUUAAGUUGUAUGGUGACUUUUCGGUCAGUCGUGUACCUUUCUGUUACAGUAAACACUAGCGUAUAAGAACAUAGUGGAUUAAGAACCUACUGGCAGAAAUGUGCCACUUUAAUACCCAAUAAUACAAGAACCUGUUUAGCAAAGUAGAUCAAGCAGGUUCUUAUGUGUGGGAUGCACUUAAAUUAUUGUAAACAUUUUAACCAACGAGUUGACUUUGAGAUUGCAUAUUUAUAUUACAAGGAAAUACUGUAACAAACUCUCAUUACUAAUAAAAGUGUUACCGUAAUUCCUGCAACAAAAACAAUUUUAUGUAAACCACAGCCUGUAACUGUCUUCAUGGGCCUUGCGUAAAUGAGGUUUGCAAUUUACAUGUGUGAAUAAAUAUUGUUUAUUUAAGGACCAAACUCAAAUUUACACAAAAUUGACGGCAUACAUCCUUAAAUUGAGAUUACCGGGACGUUUUAGAAGUGAGCUACAAGUUAGGAAACUGUCUUGUAACUAGUUUCAAAUGGUUUACGCUUGUGAUUUUUGUUUAAACAUGAUGAAGGAGUCAUGCGUAUCUCACAAACCAUGAAGCCGCGAGAUGUGAGAAACAAAGUUCUUAAGCACUCUUUAUGUUUUGCCUUGUAGAAAAUUUCAGUCUGUUCAGAUGACAUUUCCAUAAUCAUGACAUCAUUUAUCGAGGAUCUGUCGCAGCUGAAUGUUAAACAAGGUAACACACAUCAGACAGUCUUAUGUGGUGUGGAAAUUUCCCGCCAGUUUUUGACUCAAGAACAUGUCAUGCGUGUGCACCCUGAAUGACAGAGAUUCGGAAUUGGCAUAAUUAGAAAACGUUUCCAAGCGCGAAAGCUUAUUCAAAGAACAUUUUUUCAAAGUAUUUUCGUAAUAAUUAACCCACAUUUUUCUUUUUAUUGAACGGUCUCUGCAUACUCACAAAUAUUCUUUUUCUCUUCGGGUACAGGGUCCUCAAAUUUGGAAUGACAUUCCUCUCUCACUUCGUAAUUCACUUACUCUUUCUAGUUAUAAACAUAAACUGAGAGAUUAUUUUCAAUCAUUAUAAGUUUAAACUAAGUUGAACUCAAAUUUUAUCUACUUUCAAACUCUUUUCUUUAUUACUUUUUGCACACUAUCAUUAAUUGUUAUGUUUAUUUUGCUUUAUAUGCAGUGAUAAUUCGUUAUAUGUUGUAAUAGUUUGCCUUUUCUCUGUAAAUCUUGUACUUAUUAAUUUUUAUUCUCAUUGUAACUUAGCAGCACAUUGUAACUCUCUGACCUACGCCAUAUAAGCUUCUGGCUUUGGCAUCUUAUUAUCGUUAACUUGUGCUUUGUGUACUUAUUUAUCAAUAAAGAAUACCACGAGUCAUAAGAGAUAGCAGGAACUGCCAUUCGUUUGGCAUUCAAUUAUCGCGCCAAAAUUUGCAAUGUCUAUUGGUUUGCUCGCGCGCUAGUCCCCUUCAAAUUUCGCAACAAACUCGAAUAUUAGACAUUGAGCGAUUCGUAAGGGAUAUCCUCUAAAGUUAUGCUCUGGACGCUUAUUUGAAUUUUCUUGUAUUUAACAGUUGAAGCUGGAGAUACAUUUGAUUUUGAAAGCCUCAGAUUGGACUGGAUGCGACUUCAGGUAAAACCCUGUAUAGGCCCUUUGCAGCUUUCCAUUCACGUGGUACAAAACCGCCAUGUUGGGACGCAAAAGUCGCACUGGGGCAAGACCAACAAAAGGCGUACAUAAUUUUAAAUGGUAAUUUCCUUUGUUUGUCUUGUUCCAGUGCGACUUUUGCGUCCCAACAUGGCAGUUUUGUACCACAUGAAUGGAAAGCUGCAAAGGGCCUAUUAUUAUAGACUACUCAGUAAUUCAAGGAAAGCGUUUUUGUUUUCUUACGUCUCAGGGGAUUAGGAAAGGCUGGUGUUUUCUUGUUGUUUGGCAAGACAAUGGGAAUCUAGCUUUUUAUAGGGGUCAAGUUUUUUCAAUGGUUUGCUUACUUCCGUUAACCGCGCGUUUUAAACUCUAACUUAGUGAAAGAAACGCCUUUUUUUGUAAAUCACAACCUUGUUACAUUGCAAAUUGGGAUAAUCUUAUCUGCGUCGGGAAUAUAUCCUCCAGGCGUCCGAGACAUCAUAAAGAAAUGUUCCCAUUUGUUUUGACGAUGGCAGACAUUUCCCUGUUUGUUUGACUUGAUUUUGCGCGAAAUGGGCUUAAAAAUGAUAAGUGACACUCUGAUAUGCUGCAAAUAUGAUCAUCCCAGACAAACAUUUCCAUUGCUCCUCAGCGCUGUAUGGUCGGGAAAAUAGAACCAGAUUCAACUAGAUCGUGUGUCUUAGACCACCUCAGACGCUGGGGAUUUGUGGAAUAUGCGGAGCUAGGGUGCGGUAUGCAGCCUUUUAAAAAGCGGCGGAUCUCGUGUUUUCCCCAGACCCAGGGACCCCAACCGCAGCGCCCCGUAUACCCGGCAUGCCGGCUAUUCCACGUCUGCAACGUGACGCAGACCGGUCACCGAUUGUGUCCCAGGUCAUCGGAGACCCUUCCAGGUCAUGUGAUGGCUAGUCUUAAAGUAAUUUACAGUUGCGAGUAAUUUUGAAUUAAUAAUUGAAAUUUCUUUGCAAGUUCAUGUGAUCAAAUUUUAAAUCGGUUUCUUUUACCUGUCUUCUUCGUAUUAUUUCAGGCUUACACAAGUGUCCGUGGGGCAUCGCCAGAGCUAAAGGAGAACAAAGACCUGGCAGUACUCAUGAACAAUGUAUCGUUCCACUCUAAACUGGUCGAUGCACCUGAAAGACUUUUAAACGAGAUUUCGGACUUAUCUAUCUUCUGGUAAGUCUCCAAAGUUACGUUCCAAUCGUGCUUCGUUAACCGUUCUCUUCGAACAGAAGUUAAUACUGUUGUUUAUUAAUUGUAGGAUUAUGAAUUGCCGUGGGAAUAUUAAACACUUAACAUGAAUAUCAACCUGAUAUAAACUGCAGCAAAAAAAAAUACGGUUUUCGGCACUCCAGCCAUUGUUGCUCCCCCCUUAACGAGUGUAAAUUUGUUUUUGCAGUUUUUAUCCCAGUUUUUUCGAGGAAUCAUUCUUGAAGUGUGUAGAAGACCCUAACUAUUCAAGGUAACGUUAAACAUGUUUUUAGUCUUGUAUACGAUAUCCGUGAAAAAACAAUUUACCUACAAUUGAUUACAGAUAAGAAAUAGAGUGAUCUGGGUGGGGAGAAGAAGUCACAAAAAAAAUUCUGAGUUCUAGAAUUGAAUUGAACCCACGACCUUCCAGACACUAGUCGGAUGCUCUAACCACUGCGCUACUAAUUAAUUGAUUACAGUACAACCAAAAACAUUGGGCCCUUUGCAGCUAAAAUUUCACAUGGUACAGUCCAAAACACCUUGAUAGAGGGCAAAUAACCUUAAAAAGAAAGGAAACUAGCUAUUUAAUUCAUUUAAACUCUUUGUAACAGCGUCUCAUGCUCUCCAGCAACUUGUUUUUGUCGCAUGUGACUGUUAAGCUGGAGAGGGUCCAUUACACUGGUGGCCAAUCACAACACCAGCUAAAAAACACGUGAUGCGAUCAGCACUCGAAGCAAUGAUGUAACCGGCGCCAGCGCGGGAAGAUGCCUUGCGAUCAAGAAAAAAUUGGUUUUGACUUCUUCCCUGAUUGAUAGAGAAAGUGACACAAAAUUUCCAGUAGAUCAUAAGCAAUGGCAGUGCAAAAAGCAAAGCAACUGCAAAGUAGCUUCUGACACCGAUCUAAAGCCCAUUUUAUUUUACUAAUGAUGUUUAUUUUCACAUUGUAAAUAAGUUAUUCUUUUUCUCUUCGGGUACAGGGUCCUCAAAUUUGGAAUGACAUUCCUCUCUCACUUCGUAAUUCACUUACUCUUUCUAGUUAUAAACAUAAACUGAGAGAUUAUUUUCAAUCAUUAUAAGUUUAAACUAAGUUGAACUCAAAUUUUAUCUACUUUCAAACUCUUUUCUUUAUUACUUUUUGCACACUAUCAUUAAUUGUUAUGUUUAUUUUGCUUUAUAUGCAGUGAUAAUUCGUUAUAUGUUGUAAUAGUUUGCCUUUUCUCUGUAAAUCUUGUACUUAUUAAUUUUUAUUCUCAUUGUAACUUAGCAGCACAUUGUAACUCUCUGACCUACGCCAUAUAAGCUUCUGGCUUUGGCAUCUUAUUAUCGUUAACUUGUGCUUUGUGUACUUAUUUAUCAAUAAAGAAUACCACGAGUCAUAAGAGAUAGCAGGAACUGCCAUUCGUUUGGCAUUCAAUUAUCGCGCCAAAAUUUGCAAUGUCUAUUGGUUUGCUCGCGCGCUAGUCCCCUUCAAAUUUCGCAACAAACUCGAAUAUUAGACAUUGAGCGAUUCGUAAGGGAUAUCCUCUAAAGUUAUGCUCUGGACGCUUAUUUGAAUUUUCUUGUAUUUAACAGUUGAAGCUGGAGAUACAUUUGAUUUUGAAAGCCUCAGAUUGGACUGGAUGCGACUUCAGGUAAAACCCUGUAUAGGCCCUUUGCAGCUUUCCAUUCACGUGGUACAAAACCGCCAUGUUGGGACGCAAAAGUCGCACUGGGGCAAGACCAACAAAAGGCGUACAUAAUUUUAAAUGGUAAUUUCCUUUGUUUGUCUUGUUCCAGUGCGACUUUUGCGUCCCAACAUGGCAGUUUUGUACCACAUGAAUGGAAAGCUGCAAAGGGCCUAUUAUUAUAGACUACUCAGUAAUUCAAGGAAAGCGUUUUUGUUUUCUUACGUCUCAGGGGAUUAGGAAAGGCUGGUGUUUUCUUGUUGUUUGGCAAGACAAUGGGAAUCUAGCUUUUUAUAGGGGUCAAGUUUUUUCAAUGGUUUGCUUACUUCCGUUAACCGCGCGUUUUAAACUCUAACUUAGUGAAAGAAACGCCUUUUUUUGUAAAUCACAACCUUGUUACAUUGCAAAUUGGGAUAAUCUUAUCUGCGUCGGGAAUAUAUCCUCCAGGCGUCCGAGACAUCAUAAAGAAAUGUUCCCAUUUGUUUUGACGAUGGCAGACAUUUCCCUGUUUGUUUGACUUGAUUUUGCGCGAAAUGGGCUUAAAAAUGAUAAGUGACACUCUGAUAUGCUGCAAAUAUGAUCAUCCCAGACAAACAUUUCCAUUGCUCCUCAGCGCUGUAUGGUCGGGAAAAUAGAACCAGAUUCAACUAGAUCGUGUGUCUUAGACCACCUCAGACGCUGGGGAUUUGUGGAAUAUGCGGAGCUAGGGUGCGGUAUGCAGCCUUUUAAAAAGCGGCGGAUCUCGUGUUUUCCCCAGACCCAGGGACCCCAACCGCAGCGCCCCGUAUACCCGGCAUGCCGGCUAUUCCACGUCUGCAACGUGACGCAGACCGGUCACCGAUUGUGUCCCAGGUCAUCGGAGACCCUUCCAGGUCAUGUGAUGGCUAGUCUUAAAGUAAUUUACAGUUGCGAGUAAUUUUGAAUUAAUAAUUGAAAUUUCUUUGCAAGUUCAUGUGAUCAAAUUUUAAAUCGGUUUCUUUUACCUGUCUUCUUCGUAUUAUUUCAGGCUUACACAAGUGUCCGUGGGGCAUCGCCAGAGCUAAAGGAGAACAAAGACCUGGCAGUACUCAUGAACAAUGUAUCGUUCCACUCUAAACUGGUCGAUGCACCUGAAAGACUUUUAAACGAGAUUUCGGACUUAUCUAUCUUCUGGUAAGUCUCCAAAGUUACGUUCCAAUCGUGCUUCGUUAACCGUUCUCUUCGAACAGAAGUUAAUACUGUUGUUUAUUAAUUGUAGGAUUAUGAAUUGCCGUGGGAAUAUUAAACACUUAACAUGAAUAUCAACCUGAUAUAAACUGCAGCAAAAAAAAAUACGGUUUUCGGCACUCCAGCCAUUGUUGCUCCCCCCUUAACGAGUGUAAAUUUGUUUUUGCAGUUUUUAUCCCAGUUUUUUCGAGGAAUCAUUCUUGAAGUGUGUAGAAGACCCUAACUAUUCAAGGUAACGUUAAACAUGUUUUUAGUCUUGUAUACGAUAUCCGUGAAAAAACAAUUUACCUACAAUUGAUUACAGAUAAGAAAUAGAGUGAUCUGGGUGGGGAGAAGAAGUCACAAAAAAAAUUCUGAGUUCUAGAAUUGAAUUGAACCCACGACCUUCCAGACACUAGUCGGAUGCUCUAACCACUGCGCUACUAAUUAAUUGAUUACAGUACAACCAAAAACAUUGGGCCCUUUGCAGCUAAAAUUUCACAUGGUACAGUCCAAAACACCUUGAUAGAGGGCAAAUAACCUUAAAAAGAAAGGAAACUAGCUAUUUAAUUCAUUUAAACUCUUUGUAACAGCGUCUCAUGCUCUCCAGCAACUUGUUUUUGUCGCAUGUGACUGUUAAGCUGGAGAGGGUCCAUUACACUGGUGGCCAAUCACAACACCAGCUAAAAAACACGUGAUGCGAUCAGCACUCGAAGCAAUGAUGUAACCGGCGCCAGCGCGGGAAGAUGCCUUGCGAUCAAGAAAAAAUUGGUUUUGACUUCUUCCCUGAUUGAUAGAGAAAGUGACACAAAAUUUCCAGUAGAUCAUAAGCAAUGGCAGUGCAAAAAGCAAAGCAACUGCAAAGUAGCUUCUGACACCGAUCUAAAGCCCAUUUUAUUUUACUAAUGAUGUUUAUUUUCACAUUGUAAAUAAGGACCUACAUAUGGACCUACCCAUACGUCUGAUCUAUUUUCAGAUAUUCCAUUGCAUUUCCGCUGAUAUGUGGUCACUUCAUGACUUGUACCAGUGAAUUUUGCCCUGAGGAGGUACUUUUUUUAAACUUUGGAUAUUUUAAAUUCAUCGAUCUUUAUCGUAAUUAGACUGAACGGGAAGUCAAAAAUUUGUGGAACAACAGUUUUAAUUGUUGCGAAUAAAUGUCUUCCUGUGCUUCAACUCGCGAAUGCGUAGGCUGGGUUCAUUAGCCAUCGGACAAAAUUUCGACCUGUUGAAAAUUCUUACAUCAAGGUGUUCCACGGAACCACGUUAGAGCGAUUUUCGUAUGACCUUGGAAAAUGGUUUCGGUAAGUGUUCGUUAUUUGUUUUAUCAGCCAAUGGAUGAAAAGAUCAAAACAUGGACUCUUUGUUUUCCAGCCAACGAAAACCCUUAUAUGGAGAAGGCAUUGUUCGAUUGGCCAAUCGUGUUGCAGCAUGACGUCAAAGCGAAGUUUCGAUUGAUUUCUAUAAAGUUUUCUUCGAGCAUGAAGUUUUUUUCAGCCGAGCGUUCGCUUACCAACCAAAAGCCAGACGCGUUUGUAUCCGUUGGUUCGAUAAACCAAUCAAAUCGCUUUAGUUUGUUUGUUGUUUCUGUUUUGUUCGCGCGUUUUCAUCUCAAGGUCAUACGAGAAUCGCUCUAACCGUACAAAAAUUUAGACGCCUAGCCUCUCAAAGCUCCGUGUGAACAGGACGAAAAUAAUGAAUGGUCCCGUGUGAACUAAGUGUCCAAUCAAAUUUUUCAGCCGAUCGAAAUUCGUCCGGUGCCGUGUGAACCGCGUAGUCUAAGACAUUAACAUUUGGCUUAGAAAACCCGACGAAAAUGGCCCAAGCACGAACGUGAACUUAAACAUUUUUAACACCUUUUUCUCUGUUGGGAGACUGAUCAGUUAGCUAGUACGUAGCUGAGGUUACCGGUAGCCAGAAACUUGUAGCCUGUUCCAGGCUCCGAGACAGUCGCCUCCUUUUCACAGAUAACGCAGUCAUAUUUUAGCGUACCAUUCAAAUACGCGUAAUUCUCACUAUCUGAGAGCCUGGAACGGGCAAGAAAAUGUAACCUCGGGGCGUCCUUGCUACUGUCAGAUCGCUGGUCAAAUCGAUUAAGUAGGCAGAGUAGGAAUUAGUGUCAGGACCUAGGGCUUGUAACUCCAGCGGUCCACCCGCUAGCCUCGUCGCCUCAUAACGUAUGAGCCUUACCGUAUUUCCUUCAAUGUGUUUUUGUGUUCAUUAUUAUGAUUGCUUAACUCUCAAGCGUCAUCCCAUCGGAGAUCGCAGCCUGUCUGCUGUUAACCUGUUUCUGGACUCCAUGGCAAAAGAAGCCCGAAAUAUCCUCAGUCAGCUGUGCCCUGAUCAUAUCCAACUCAACCAGCAGGUUAGUGAAUAUCCCUUUCAGCCUCAAAUCUGAUCCACAUACAAAUUCUCCAGACUGAUCUUAUACAUUUUCUUGAAGAAUUAGUUGAGAGAAUUGGAAAAAGAGAUCAAGGCAAUUUCCCUUUAUUGAACAUUUUAAUAGUUCUCGUAACCUUAUCUAUUGAUUGUACACUGAUUUUGUUAGGAGAAACCGGAUGUUGGUCACUCUUGGUAACUGAAGGGUUAAGACAAUUUUUUUUUUCGUGUUUUGUACUGUCUUUGUACAUUUGCCUUAAGGCUCUGUAACACUGUGUAACAUAAUCUUUCUUUGAACUUGUCUCGUAUUUUUGUUGCGACAUCUAGUCGACGAUGACUUGCUUAAAACUAUUGUCAGUUUUUGCUUUUUUUUCACCGAACCUAGAUUUAGCUGCACUAGUAGUAAGCUUAUGCAUAGGAGGUUUUUUGUUGUUAUUGUGUGUAGCUGUGGCAGCUACAAGCUGUUCGUUUAAUGACGGAGAUCUCAGGAGACAGGAAGAAAGACAAGAAUAAAAAGAACAUUCACAGUGAGUUUGUUCCACCCGGCAGUGAGAGCUUCCGAAAAAGCAGGGAAUCCCUGACAACGUGA